AUGUCUGAAGAGUACUCUAUUUAUGAGCACCUGGAGCCUGAAUUAUUGAAAGAUGCGGACGGCAAUGUUGUUAAGUACUCUGAUAGAGUCGCUUUGCCCCCUUCGAUUUUGGAAUCGUUGGUUAAUCAACAACAGCGUUUAUCAAUUGCAAGUUUACCACAUCCCUUGAUCUUUCGUUUACAGGCAGAAAAAUCAAAUUCAGCAGUUAACUCUUUUGUGGGUGUGAAAGAGUUCACUAGCCAGGAAGGAACAAUAUUACUCCCAGAGUUCAUUUACGACAAACUAGUGUCACCAGAUAACAAUGAUUCUACUAUAAAUAUUACUUUGGCUAGUGAUAUCCCUAAAGGUACCAGCAUUGCUUUGAAACCUUUAGAAUUGUACCCUGAAAUCAAAGAUUGGAAGUAUUUUUUGGAAGCGAAGCUCAUUAAAAGUUACACUACGCUGUCCACGAACGACACCGUAUGCAUAUCCGAGAAAGAUAAGGUCUAUAAAUUGCUUGUAGAACAAGCAGAACCUACUUCUGCGAUUUGCUUGAUAGACACAGACAUCGAUCUAAGUAUUGUGCCAUUGGAUGAUGAAAUGGCAAGGGAAAUGAGCAACCAACAGGACACAGAAACAGUAUUACAGUACGGGACUAACGCCGUAACUAUAGCAGACACCGAACACAGUCAUGCAUAUAAACUACAACUUGAUAAUAGCAAUGACUUAUGUUUAUCCCUUUCUAUCAAUUCGCAAGAUGUCAAUCUUGUGGACCUGCUAAUAUCCAACAACCAGUUCAUAUCCAAGGAUUCACUUCAAUGGUCAACAAUUCCAUUUAAUGAGAACUCGAACAUCAACAAGAAUGAUGGUACUAUUUCUAUAUGUAUACCCAAGACAGAUCACUGGAUUGAAGGUAAAGAGUUUGUUUACAUCUUACCUAUAGUAUGGAGCGAAGGAGAAUCCUUCAAGUCACAGCUAUCAAUUUCUAGAAUAGCAGAAGCACAUGUAACCACAAGUAGUCUUCAAGAAACCUUAAAAGCUGACGAAGCCAAGUGUUCUAAUUGUGGCAAGCAUGUCCCUAAGCAGUCAAUUUCAUUGCACGAAAACUUUUGCCACAGAAACAACAUCAAAUGCUCGUGUGGUCAGUUGUUUUUGAAAAAGAUACCCGAUACCCAUUGGCACUGUCAGAAUGAUGCAUAUUUUGGUGCAACUAUUGAGGGGAGAGAUAUUCAUCAGAAACUUCACCACACUGAAUAUGAAUGCUCCUUGUGUUCUACUACACUCCCCAAUUACAUUCAAUUGGCUCUCCAUAAGUCAACUGAAUGUCCUGAACGACUGCAUAUUUGUAGAUACUGUCAAUUAACCGUGCCCCAGGAAGUACCUUCAGCUGAAGCAAUGCUGUCAUCCAUGACUCAGCAUGAGUAUCAAUGUGGAUCCAAAACAACGGAAUGUCAUCAAUGUUCCAAGAUUGUAAGACAAAGAGAUUUGCAAACGCAUAUGCAAUUACAUGAACUUGAUCGCAAGCAACAAGUUGCUCCUAUUGUAUGUGCAAAUGUCAAUUGUUGCAGAAUAUUAAAUGAACCCACUGAUUUACAGUUGUGCUCAGUGUGUUUUGGGCCACUCUAUUCCACAGACUACGAUCCUAAUUAUGUCAAAUUGAAAAAUCGGCUGGAACGGAAGUAUAUACUGCAAUUGACACGAGGCUGCGGUACUUCGUGGUGCAAGAAUGUGGAGUGCAUUUCGUCGGGGAUUAACCCAAGUUUAAAAACUACCACACUUAAGGAGAAAAUAAGCCACAUCAGCAAUGAUCUUCUUACAUCGGUCCCUUUGAUAAACCAGAACGUAGUUACAGCAAAAUAUUAUCUUUGUGUUGACAACCUAGUUACCAAACGAAAGUUUAUGGCUGAUAUGAUUUACGAGCAAGGCCAAUAUGAAUACGGCUGGAUUUGCGAAGCGGUGAGCAAACUUAGUUUCGAUGAAAAUGGUUCUGAAAUGGGGCAAGUUUCUAGUAUGGAGCAGUGGCUUCAUAAACAUGCGGUUAAAGUGGGCGAAUGA